ACAAGUAUCUUUUGGCGGAUGUACCUUCUUCUUGUAUCCCGUUCACUGGAGGCUCCGCGCCUCGAUGGGCACUCUCCUCUCCGCCGCGUAAAAGGGCAUUCUCCGGCGGUGUGUCUCCGUUUUGCAAGAACUUUCUCCCGUUUUGCAAGAACUUUCUCUCUCUCUCUGUCUCUCUCAGCGUUCUUCAGAAGUCGAAGUUCUUCCUCCUUCAUGACACACCUGCGUUGCAGAUCUUUCCCCGUCCAUUCAGUUCCACUGCGUCUCCGUUAUCCCGCCCUGUCUCUCCUUUUCGUCUCGUUCUUCUUUAUCGGUCGUCCUCGUCUCUGCUUUGCUAUUCCGUGUCUUCAUCAUCUUCCUUCGCUUUCCUCUCUCUCCUCGCUUCUUCCCUGUGGCGUUCCUGCCUCGCUCUCUCUUUAUUCCUCCCUUCUUUUCUCCCUCCGUCUUCCCUCUUCCUUUCAAUUUUUCGAUUCGGCCUCCUUCUGCGCAACUUUCCUUCUUGUCUCUCUUGUCGGUGACCUCCCCACCGCCAGACACGAUGCCUCGUCUCUCCUCGCGAGGCUCCAGAGGCCGAGGCAGAAGAAGGCCGACUCUCCCUUCGCCUCCGCCUUCCGAGGCCCCCGGCGAGAAAGCACCUUCCGCUUCCCAGGCCUCAAAGACUCAUUCGCGCCGCACGGUGUCCUGCUCUUCCUCUACUUCCUCCUCUUCUACCUCCUCCUCUUCUGCCUCCUCUUCUUCCUCCUCUUCUUCCUACUCUUCUUCCUCCUCUUCUACCUCCUCUUCUUCCUCCUCUUCUUCCUCCUCUUCUUCCUCCUCUUCUUCCUCCUCUUCUACCUCCUGUUCUUCUCUCUGGGGGAUAGGUGGAGGCCCGAGAGGAAGAGCUCGACUCGGCAAGCGAGGUCGAGGAGAGUCGCGGGAAGCCUCGGCGGAGAAGGAGGCGCCCAAGGACGCUGCAUGUUCCGUCGCAGCUCGCGCAGAAGCCUCUCGAUUCGAACUUCGCUUGGCGCCGCAGAGCCUCGAUGAGGUCGCAAAGGGCGUAUGUGGAUGCUGCCUCGACGUUAUGGUCGAUAGAGAUGGCGAGGAAGCCGAAGAGGCCGAGAGCGAAGCCGCAGGAAAGGGAAGCAAAACCGAUUCGAGUGACAGCAAAGAGAGAGUUGCUUCUGACGGGCUCGUCUGCUGCGAGACUGGCGAGGUGGAAAAGGCAGGAGACAAGUUUGCACAAGGCAUUCUUCUCGGGAAGAUCGAGUGCUGCUCCCACAACUUUCAUCUUCACUGCAUCGAGGGCUGGUCGCGACACGAAACAACAUGCCCCCUCUGCAAAGCUGUCUUCACCUCGAUUGCCGCUUACGACCUUCGCACAGGCGUCCUUCUCGCCGAGCAUGCGUGUUCAGUCGUAUUCCAGGCGGAUGCUUCGACCAGCGAAGAAGAGGACGAAGAUGAAGAAGAGGACGAAGAUGAAGACGAGGAAGACGAGGACGACGGAGGGCAUAAUGUGGGUCUUCGGUCGCGGAGGAUGAGUCGUCGAACUGCUGAGCGUCUGCGCCGUUCGCUGAGGGAACAUCAUCGGACGCAUACUUUGAUGCAGCGCCGCCAGCGAGGACAGCCUUCUCGAAGUAGAGGAAGGCAGGCGACAGCUGCUCCCUCGCGCUUGCCUACUUCGUCUUCCGUACAAUCUCAGACAAGAGAACGUGCGGGACAGACGAGGAGACAGAACGACUUGUCUUCAUCUCCCCCUCCCGUCCUCCGCUCUCAAGGGUGCAGCAUCCUCUGGAGAUCUCAUUCCUCCUCUUCCUCUUCCUCCUCUUCCUCCUCUUCCUCUUCUUCCUCCUUGUUUAUGCAGGGACAGAAGGAGGAAGAGAGGGGUGUGGGCGGCCAGUCGCAAAGAAAACGACGAAAAUCUCAAAGCGAAGGGUCGGUCUCAAGCGGGGAAGACUCCGGUUCAGAGCGACGUCAUCGGCGAACACGGAAAUUAAGGGAUGCACAGGAGGCUAUUCGCCGUACGGAACGGCAUCUGGCGCGUCUUAAAUUCUUUAGUUUCACGAGUACACUACAGCAGCGGCAAACCGGAAUAGCUUUUGAUUCUUUGCAAGCUCCUCAGGACAGAUUCACGCAGAGCAUCGCUGAACAGCGAAAUCCCCAUAGUGCUUUUUUGCCUGGAGGAAGACGUACCGACGCGGGAGCGGAAUCGUGUAGCCACAGUAACCACGCCUUUGCCUCUACAGCACAGAACACGCAACUGCUUCCAGAGGUCGAUCACAUCGAGUGCAACUCCACGGUUGAGCAAACCCAGUCUCUGGCUUUGUAUCCGGACAUCAUUGUGCGAAUUGCACCGCCGGGAAACCGAGAUUCUCCGCCCGCCGGUGGCGCCAGCGGUGGGUGGACCUUUCCCCUAAACGCAGGAAACGGAUGCACAGAGAGUAGACGAAUGGUGAACACCAACACAGAGAGGGAAACGGUGAAUGCAGCAGCGCAACAGAGACACGCGGCCACUCCAUUCGUGGCGGUUGCCGUGCCAUGGAAGGCACGCGUAACUCACCGAGCUUCUGAAAAUGCGCGAGGGAAAACGAAUGCGAAGGAAGAUGCGGGAAACAGUGGCUGCAGCAGAACGGAGUCAGCAGUGGGGCAUGAAGAACGGAAAAGUACAAAUUCUUCCUUCGGCAAUUUUUUGCUGCAACCACGGUACGAGGACGAUUUUCUAAUUCACAGGUAG